UCUGGGGGCCACCCCCCUGGAUGGGGUGGGGGGGGGGAGGUACAGGAUCCCAAAGCUUCCCCCAGGGAAGGAGGGAGAGGGCGGGGCGGCAGCGAAGGCCCAGGAUAAAAGGGGCGGAGGCGCCGCUCCGGCCCCAGCCAGCCCACCAUGCAAGCCCCCCGUCUGCCCUGGUUCUUCCUGCACGCCUGGUGGGCCCUGCUCCAGGCGGGCGCCGCCACCGUGGCCCCGUCGCCCCUCCGUACGCGGGGGCAGCCCUCGUCGCCGUCCCCUCUAGCGUACAUGCUGAGCCUCUACCGCGACCCGCUGCCCCGGGCGGACAUCAUCCGCAGCCUGCAGGCGCAAGAUGUGCACGCCGAUGGGCAGAACUGGACCUUUGCUUUUGACUUCUCCUUCCUGAGCCAAGCGGAGGAUCUGGUGUGGGCCGAGCUCCGGCUGCAGCUGGCCGGCCCUGUGGACCUUCGCCCUGGUGUGCUGCCCUCCGUCGAGAUUUUGCACCAGCUAAAGCCGGAUGCGGAGCAGGACCCAGCCGACUGCCGGGAGCGUCUUCGGAUGGACUCGUUCACUGUUCCUCUGUCCCAGAUGACCUUUUCCUCAGGCAGCAUGGUCCUGGAGGUGACCAGGCCUCUCUCCAAGUGGCUGAAGUACCCUGGGGAGCUGGCGGAGCAGGCGUCCAGUUUGGCCAGAGAGUGUCCGAAGAGGCCUCCCGUGCCGCCGGUCGCCAGUGCGCUCCUCGUGCUCUACUCGAACCUCUCCCCGGAGCAGAGGCGGCUGGGUGGCUCCACCUUGCUGUGGGAGGCGGAGAGCUCCUGGCGGGCCCGAGAGGGACAGCUCUCCCAGGAGAGGGGCCGGAGGCACCGCCGGCACCACUUGCCGGACAGAAGCCAGCUGUGUCGGAAGGUCAAGUUCCAGGUGGACUUCAACCUCAUCGGAUGGGGCUCCUGGAUCAUCUACCCCAAGCAGUACAACGCCUACCGUUGUGAGGGCGAGUGUCCUAACCCUGUGGGGGAGGAGUUCCAUCCCACCAACCACGCAUACAUCCAGAGCCUGCUGAAACGAUACCAGCCCCACCGAGUCCCUUCUACCUGCUGUGCCCCAGUGAAGACCAAGCCGUUGAGCAUGCUGUACGUGGACAAUGGCAGAGUCCUUCUAGACCAUCACAAAGACAUGAUUGUGGAAGAAUGUGGGUGCCUUUGAGGAGAUCCUGGUGGGAGCUGGAUUUGCCUGUACCCUGGGAAGGUUCUAGAAGGUUCGGGAAGGUCCUAGAAGACACAAUAGCCGUCUAACCCAAUG